AUGGUCAUUGAUCAGGAAAAGCUUGCCAAGCUUCAGGCUGCUAGCCGUCAAGGCGGAAAGGGCACACCUCGCCGCAAGGUUGUCAAGAAGCCUAACAAAGGACCUGGCAACGUCGAGGGUGACAAGAAGCUGUCAGCAGCUCUCAAGAAGCUCAAUGUUCAGCCUCUGAGUGGCAUCGAAGAGGUCAACAUGUUCAAGGAGGACGGCAACGUUCUGCACUUCCGAGCACCCAAGGUCCACGGUGUUGGCGCCUCAAACACUUACUGCGUGUACGGCGAAGGUGCCGACAAAGAGCUCACAGACCUCGUGCCAGGAAUUCUGAACCAGCUCGGACCCGACAGUCUGAACAGCUUGCGAAAGCUCGCGGAGAGCUACCAAGCCAUGAAUGCAGCGCAGCAACAGAACUUUGCCGCGGGAGGCAAGGACGACGAUGAAGUGCCCGAUGUGGUUGAGAACUUCGAUGAGGCUGAGAAGGGCGAUGCGAAGGAGGAGCCUGAGGUGGAAAAGCUGGAUUAA